AGCAAGAGACCUCCCUUUGUCGCUCUCUGUUCAUCUUCGUCUCCUUCCAUCUCCACCCACCUCCACCUUCUCUCUCUCUCUCUCUCUCUCUCUCUCUAUAAAGAUACACUCAUCGUUAUACCACUCUCUCUCUUUCUCUCUUCUCUUUCUGUACACGUUCUCCUCUGUGGAUUGCUUCUUCAAACCUCCAACCAAGCCGGCAAGGUCUAAAGAGCCGCAUAUAACAAAUCAGUGAUGAUGUUCAAGUCCCACCUGCCAAAACCCUUUCUUCAAUCCAACUCCACUCAACCUUCAACACCCGUUUUUAUACAAAAAUAUGCAUAAAUAUUGAUUAAUUGGCCACUAACAUUGAUUAAUUGCACGAAUACCCAUUCCAUUUUGAGAAAUGACGGAAGUGCUCCAAUCCCCAUCUCACUUCCCUUCGCCUUCAAGCUCCUCCGCUGUACCACGUGCAGCACUCACACCCAAUGAUCGUAUUGAUGGCCUACGCCACCAACAACCCCAUACCCAUAUCGGCCAUAACCUUAUUAGCACUCCCAAUUCGUCUUCUGUAGACGGAGACAGAGCCCGAGACCAGGAAGAGGAUGAGGAAGUAGAAGAAGAAGAAGAAGAAGAAGAAGAAGAAGAGGAAGAAGAAGUAAGACGAAGAGGAAGAGGGAGACGGAGAAAGGAGAGGGACGGUGAGGGAGAUCAGGUGUCGUUGUUGGCACUGUUGGUGACUGUUGUGAGGAAGUCUUGGAUUACCUGCACGGCGGAGAGUCAAGAGCUCUCCAAGAUGGAGAUUGGCUUGCCCACAAAUGUGAGGCAUGUUGCGCAUGUCACCUUUGAUCGCUUCAAUGGUUUUUUGGGUCUGCCGGUCGAGUUUGAGCCCGAAGUUCCCAGGAGGCCUCCCAGUGCCAGUACAAGUGUUUUUGGAGUUUCAACAGAAUCCAUGCAGCUUUCUUUUGACUCUAGAGGGAACAGUGUGCCCACAAUACUCCUGCUGAUGCAAAAACGCUUGUAUGCACAAGGAGGCUUGCAGGCAGAAGGGAUCUUUAGGAUUAAUGCUGAUAAUAGCCAAGAGGAGUAUGUUAGGGACCAAUUAAACAGUGGAGUGGUGCCUGAUGGUGUUGAUGUUCAUUGCUUGGCAGGUUUUAUAAAGGCCUGGUUUAGAGAACUCCCAACUGGAGUGCUGGAUUCCCUCUCACCGGAGCAGGUAAUGCAAUCCCAAUCAGAAGAGGAGUGUGCUCGGCUCAUGAGGUUCCUUCCUCCAACAGAAGCUGCUCUGCUGGAUUGGGCAAUAAACUUAAUGGCUGAUGUAGCUGAACUGGAACAUGUAAACAAGAUGAAUGCACGCAAUGUUGCCAUGGUGUUUGCACCAAACAUGACUCAUAUGGCAGAUCCCUUGACAGCAUUGAUGUAUGCAGUUCAAGUGAUGAAUUUUCUCAAGACUCUUAUUAUGAAGACACUUCGAGAAAGAAAAGACUGUAUAAUAGAAACGGCUACCAUUUCUCACCUAGAGCCUUCUGAUGGGAGUGGACAUCAUGGUUCUUCACAACCCUUUCUCGGGGUGGCCCAGGAGGCCAAUGAGGGAAAUGAUGAGGAGCAAUCCUUUGUUGCUGAAGAACCUCCUGUUGGAAGCCCUCAUGACUCUGCCGAAGAUUACCCCACUGCUGAAAGUGAAGAUAAUUUGGUUUCCACCGAAAAUUUCAUGGCUGGUGGAAAUGGAUCAUUGGUAGACAAUGGCCCUGGUGAGGUUCCUGCUCAAGCUAAUGCGUUAACCGGUAUGCCCAAAGAUGGUGGUUUUAAUGGUACAAAUAGAGGAACUCAAACGAACAAUCGUAAAACUAGAAAGGGCCAAUCAAGUAAUUUAAAUCUCAAGAAGGGACAUAGAAAGCUUAUUGAGCAGCCUGUUCGGACAAUGGGAUCUAUGGAGAAGAGCAAGGGAAGCAGCAUUGUUAGCCGGAUAAAUUCCAGCACAGAGAGGAUUGAAGCUUGGCGGUAAAGGGGACUGAUCUCCUCGGGAAUGGACUCUUUAUUUUCUUUUCUUUUCAUUUCUUUUUCCUUUUUCCUCUUUUUCUCCUGUUGUUAUUUGGGGGGAGGGUUUUGGCUGUUUGGUUGUAGUGGUCCAUCUGCUAACUGGUAGGAUAUGUUGGAGCAAUGUGUUUUUCAGUGUGUAUGAUUCAUUUGUGUUUCAAAUGUGUAUGUUUGGAGUUUGUUAACUUGGAUUUUUCAUUGGGCUGGCUUCAAGUGAAAAAAAAAAAAAUUUAACUUGUUCAGUUUGU